AUGGAAUUGGAGAAUUUUAAUUUGACAAAUGUUCAUGGAUGCAUCACUGAUUCUGACAAUAGUGACGUAAAUGAUGACGCAAUUAGUUUUUCAGCACAACAUAAUGUAGAAGUAAAUACAAUUCAAUUGCACUCGACAGGGAUUAAUAAUAACGAACCACUUGAAAAUGAAACCUUGUACACAGUCGAUGAAGCAUCGAUUACCAGAUCAGAUGAAAAUAUUUCGCGUGAAAUCAGUGAACCUAGCCUGGUUUCGAUUCAAUCAGAUCGUGGUAGAGAAACAAUGGCUACAAAUAAUGGCAUAAAUACAAACAUACAAGCUUCGUCAGUUACGCUUGAGGCACUAUAUAGUCUGAUGUCAAACGUGAGCGAGCAAUUAUCUGAUUUAAAGAUCAGUCACAACACAACAAACACAAAAUUGUCAAACAUGGAAAAUGGGUUCCAACAGCAGUUUUCAAGUGUAAACACGCAAUUUGAAAAUAUGCACAAACAUUUUGAUCAACGCUUAAAUAAACUCACCAAUGAAAUCGAUCAAAAGAUCGAAGACAAAGUCAUCAAAACAGUCAAUAUUGUAUACAAUGUAUUGGCAAAUGAUUUAGAAAAGAAAUUGUCAGAUCUUACAAACAAACAGGAACAGGAACUGUCAGAAAUCGUAGAAACACACCAUCAAACACAAACGGUACAAAAAGAAAUACAUGAAAACGUACAGGCUAUUCAAUUAUAUUUAACUAGAGUACAGUCCGCAUGUGAAGAAAUACCUGACCAAGUUAAUAAAGUUAACAAAGAAGUCGGUCUUCUGAAACAGGAGACUGAAACAAAACUUUUUGAAAAAUUAGGCAAUGAAAUCAAAGUAGCUGAGGACAGAAUACGUAAGGAAAUUUCGGGUAGACUAAAUGUUUCAAAUGAUUUGCCUACGUCAAGCAACAGGCGGCCUGACACUUAUUCACCCGUGCCAGAUUACGAUGUCAAUAACGCAGAACAUCACGCGCCCAGUCCGGCGUAUGUGCACUCACCGGUACAGGCAGUGCUGCAACAGGCAGUAGGCGUGUCGCCUUGCAUCUCGACGAUUCUACCGAGCACAAGUAAUCGGAAUGAACAUUCCGGAAACAAUCAAAACAACGGUAACGGGAAUCGAUUUAAUGGCAGUGGACAAAACCCACACAGUUGGCAUCCGUAUGCGACAAGGCCAAAUAAUGGAAACUGGAAUUACGGAAAUCGGAGGGAUUCGGCGCCACAGAAACGUGAAGACCGAAGAUAUAAUACAGAAUACGGUCCACGCCGGUAUGGAAAUGAUAGAAAUCACGUGAACGAUUGGUCAGGCCCACGUGAUGAAAUGCGGCACACAAAUGAAAAUUACAAUAGUUGCAGUAAUAGGAAUGACAGACCAAGGAGGAAUAGCGACGGCCGGUCGCAAGAAAAUGUUGCACGCAGCGGUCCGGAAACUAAUUGGCGACAGAAUAACCACUCAGUACACUUCGUAGAGGUAACGCACAGUAAUGAAGCAACGCCAUUGUCUCCCCCGGUAAACAACAAUCGGUUGCAAUGA